AUGGAACGUUUAAUCUUACUUGGCUUGACAUUGACUAUUGUAAUCGCUGCAGUUAUUGGACAAGGAUAUCGUCCUCCACCUCCAGGAAAGUCAAUCUGUAGUUUACCUGCGGAACCCGGUUUGUGCAGAGGCUACUGUCCCCGGUAUUAUCACGACACUAAAACGGGCACCUGCCGUGAGUUUAUCUACGGAUGCUGUGAAGGAAAUGCAAACAAUUUUCGAACUAAAGAACUCUGCAAUCGGGUUUGCAGGAACAAAUUCUGUUCAAGGAUAGGGUGUCUUAAUGGAGCCUGUACUACCGAAACCUGUCCAGCCUUUCCCCGGGCCACCUGUGUGUGA